CACCACACCACAACCUUCAAAACCCACCACAAAGACCCCAACGCUAUCAACAUGGUUGUCUACUACGAGCUCUUCGGCCAGAAGGUCGGCUCUCACAUUCUCGCGAUCGGAACUCUCACCACCCUCUUUGCCGGCACUUGGGCCAUGACUGGUGGCAGCAAGAAGUCCCCAAUCCAGAACGCCCCACAAAUUCAAGCAUCCAGCAAGGACGAGGAGAACUUCAUACAACAAUUCCUCAAGGAAGCGGAGGCCGACAACAAGAAGGCGGGAGCCAAGCACUAGAAGGAGAUUUGAUACGAUAGAAGAGCUAGGAGUGAGAUGGAGGGAUUGCACACGUACCGGAAGAGUCUCGAAGAGAUGCUGAGGUAUGGGGCUGAGGUACUCGCUGAGCAUUGAAGUGUUGUAAAUAUUCCGGAUAUGCGAGCUGGCUUUCCUCUG